GCGGUCGUCGCGCUAUGCUUGGUGAUGGCGAGGGAGGUCAGACAGGGCCCUUCGUCCUCCCGCCAUGCCGCCAGCAAGCAAGUUGUGCUGAUGGAGGACAUUGAAUACGUCCCGGUUCGUGUUCCCAGUGACCGUUUCAAGGGAGCCCGGUUGAUGAGUUUGUCCAACAUCAUCGAGCCUGGAAUGUUGACCAUCAACCCGGGAUCGAGCACAGGACUUGGUUCAGUCUCUGGCGAGCAGGGGAAAUGCUUCGCAGACAUCUCGUGUGGGACAGAUUGUGGCAACUGCCCUCAUUGUCACUGCCUGAUGGGAGACGGCCGGGAAGUUGCGUGCGCGUUCGGCAAGUGCAGCUGCGUUGCCCACUGCAAGUGCGCAGCCACGUCGGAGUGCCCGAUGGCCUGUGGGACGGAUUACUCGCCUGAUCUCUGCGGACAGACGAUCUGUCGAGCAGGGAAAUGUUACGAAGCCUUUAACCUACCGAUGAGUGACCCCGAGUGGCGAAUCCGCAAAGCAUGAUCGCAAGGGAAGAGCUUGUUGGCGAGGACGGCCUGUAGGACUGUAAAGUAUCUUUUGGAUUUUUCUCUGCAGGCUCAAUGACUUGGACGACUGUCAAAGAG